UUGUGUUACUAAACUCCAUCAACAAUGUUAAAACGCUUAAAGCGCUCAUCAUGUAUUCAGGAAGGGAAAUAUCCUAUAUAUCAGCAGCUGGUUUGUGUCCUGUCAUCUGUGUUUUGUGCAGUUUUUUUGAACAAUGUGUUUGUGUCUAUGAAUGAGCAUUUAUAUAGAUUUCAAACUACACGAGCACUGAAUGUGCGUUGAAUUCAUUUUGAUGAAAUCACGAGCACAUGAGAUAUGAUAUCAGUAUUCAAGAGUGCUGAAAACAGUGAGCAAACACAAGCGGUGGAGAAGAGAGGGCCGUAUAUCGUGUCCAAAGCUCCUGCUUUCCACACCACGCUCCAGAAGCACAGAGACACAGCCAGACGAGCUCUGCAGAAGAGAGGAUUGCUUCAUCAGCCACGACACAAACCAAAGACUGUGAAGUUCAAUAAGGGAUACGCUGCUCUGAGUCAGACAGGAGAGGAUUCGCUCGUCCCGCUGGAUUCAGACAGUGACGCGGAGCUGGACUGUUCGUCUGGAUAUUCCUCAGCAGAGGUGCAUCCGGACCUGAGCAGGCAGCUGCUGAAGGAUGGAUAUCACCUGGAUGAAAUCCCUGAUGAUGAGGAUCUGGACCUGAUUCCCCCGAAAGCCCUGAGCUCCUCCUCCGUCUGCUGCUGCUGCUGCUGUGUGCAGUGAUCCGGCCCAGAGCUGCUGAUGCACCCGCUUGAGUUCUUACAGUGUUUUUAGGAGCACAGACUCGUUUUCUUUGUCAUGGUUUAAGCCUCAGUCUCGUUACUAGAAAUACACAGCGGAGCCAAAAUCCCAAACACUUCCAGUUUUGAGCUGCUUGUGAAUCAGAGCCAUGAUUUACUCACAUCUCUGCUGCUGUCUGCAUCUCAUGAAAACACUGGAGAGCCGGCAUAUAUCACCUCAGAAUCAAAAUAAAUCAAAUAGUAGCUAUAUUUGAAAGUGUGGCAGAUUUUAGUACCAUUGCACCAGUUUUUUGCACUGCAACUUUUUUUUUUGUUUGUUUCUUAGGUUUAUUUACCGCUUAAAUCCUCAUUAAUAAAUGGAAGCUUGUUACAUAAAACAUAAAACGAUAACGGCAACUUCUUAAUCUCACAAUUCGGACAUUUCUUCUUGCGGUUC